AUGACAACUAGUGAAGGUUCAACUGAAAAUAAACAGAGUAUUCCAGAACCAGUGGUUUUAAAUACCAAACCAAAUUCAGAUAAAUUGAUCACAGACGAAGUGGAAAAAGACAAAUCUAAAGUUGAUUUCACUAAAGGAAAUGUUGAAGAAUUCAAGUUUUAUCCAGAUAAUCCAAAGAGUCAUAGACACAAAUAUAAAUGGUCAAUGAAAGAACCUUCUAAGUUUUAUGAUCCAUGUGAAGAAAGUAGAAUGGCAUCAAUGGAUUGUUUAUACCGUAAUCAAGAUGACAAAUAUGUCUGUCAAGAGUUUUUCGAUGCAUACAGAGAAUGCCGAAAGGAUUUCUUUAGAAAGAAAAGACAAGAUAAAGUAGAAGGUAAGAAAGGAUGGGGCUGGUAA